CUAGCAACCGAAGCGCCAACUCAGCUGCUGUAGACUAUAUAAGUGUUGUAUAUUGGCGUUAUCUCGAGUCGCUUGAGAGGAAUAAUUCACCGUCAAUAUGAUGGUUCAACAUGUCCGAAGGUGUAGGGAGUUUACAGGGCCUACCCCUCAUUCUGUGGCUAUCGUAAGUAACGAUAUCUCUACCAUUUUAAAGGCGUAACCGUGCAUUUCAUGUCAGGGCCAUUUUGUCUACUUAGUUCCUCGGGACUUAUGAAACACUAAGGUCAAAUUUUUACUCUGCGUUUUAUAGAAAGAUACUGCUAAAAUGCGUAAUUUUUGAUAAUUAAAAAUAGCCUUAUGAAUGUCAAUCUUAUGGGGAACAAAUGGCUUAAUUCUUGAUGCUGUGUGUGUUGUAGAGAGCUAAACCGACAAGCAAAAGACCUGUGGAACAUCUUAUCCUUGAAACAAGAAGAAAAGAUGAACUAAGGGAGCAAGCAAUAGCUGAAACGAAAUACCAGAAAAGUUGUGAUCUAAAGGUAAGUUGUGUUUCAUCAUCGGAUUAUGAACAUGUAUGGCGACCAUUUGAAACUUGAUGUCGAACAAAUGCUGUGCUCUUUUAAAAUUUCCAAACCUAUAGCAAUAUUGUAACUCCUCUACGUAUUUACUAUAGACUGAAUUUGUUUGCUAUUGCAUGUAGAUGUAAUUUCCUCUUUAUUCCUGUUAUCGCUGUAGUCGGAAUGGGAAAAAGCCACAGAUAAAAGAAUAAAGAGCAAUACGAUUGCUAGAAGGGUUGAAAAGUUAAUGCAAAGAGGAACUUUUAGCUUGGAGGAUAGAAGAGAAAGGUGAGAAUUAACUAAAGUGUUAGCUUUCAUGGACCCUUUUUAUUUGUAUUUGAUUUCCAAGGUAGAAAGUAGUAAAUUGAUAAAUUCCUUUCUGCUACUUCUUUGAUUGCAGUCCAACUCUGAGGAUCAAUUUUUUCGCUUGAUAAUGCUGAUUGCAAAGCAUACUUAGCGAAAAAUUUCUUUCAGAUAGUAAUUUAAACAUCCCCUAACAGUAUAAAUGCAUCUCACAUUUACAUCUUAUGCUAGAGGUGUUAUUUUCAAUCAUCCUUUCUUUCCAAAGUUCUUUGUUUUAUUGAAAGUGAUUUACUCCAAGCUGUAAAUGUGCCAGAACCUUUGGUCAAAAAUUUAUUAAUUUUGUAGUGCUCUUUUAAAUAAAUUUUGUUUCCUUUAGAUUGAAAGAAAUGCUGUUGGCUGAAGAGCAACAGUACAUCGAAGAAAUGGAAGCAAAAGAAGAAACAACUCUUGAGAGGCAGGCAAAGAUGAGAGAAAGAGCCAAGUUUUUAAAAGAGAAAAGAGAACAAGAAAGGCUGAAACUUGUGGAUGAAAAGCUUGAUCAGAGAUGGAGGUACUUACUCAGUUCAUGAAUCAUAAGAUGGCAUCAUAAACUAAAGGGUUGUUUGCAUGAACUCAUAGUUAGUUACUCAUCAAAGUUUCAUAGGAUUCUUUGGUCAUUCAGACUCAAGAUGCAGUAAAAGAGACAAUAGAGAUUUUACUGUAAAACUUGAUACUGAAAACAGUACCUGCACCUUCAAAACUAAAAAAAAAACCUUACCUCUAUGGAAAUCAAGGAAAGUGAUAAUUCAUGUUAUAAUUAGGAGAUUAGCCCAAAGAUUGUUGCUUCUUGUAAAGUGAUUUUAUAACUUUGAAUAAGCUCUAUUUAUGAAAAUCCUUUUUAUCUAUCAUCUUAAUUAGUUAUGUUUCUGGAUUUUCAGAAAUAAUUGUGAGGAGCUCCGCUCAACUUUAAGUCAGCGCCAUCAAGAUGAAGUUUUUGUGGAACGCCAUGAACAAUUGAAAAUGAAAGAGGAGAAAAAGAAGAAGGAAUUAGAAGUAGAUAAAUUUUAUGCCGACUUGUGGGCAGAAGACAUUCAGAUUAAAAGUAUGAGAGAAGAGCAAACUGCAAGGGAACAGAUUGAAAGGAACAGAGAAACUUUAAAAGUAAGUUGUUUUUGGAUCUAUCAUUAAGUGUUUAUUUCACCCAAUGGAUUGAGAGUUUAUCUAAUUUUCAUCUUUAUGGAUGUUUGAAUAUUUCAGGUUCUACAAGUUCAGAUUGCAGCCUGUGAAAAACAGCGAGAAGAUGAAGAGAAACUGAAGGAGAUGGAGGCACAAUGGUUGAAAGAAGAAGCUCAGCUAAGAGCAGAGGAGGAAAAAUGGCUACAGGAAGAAAAGCUUCGCAAGCAGAAGGCAGCUAAAAGAUCGAGAGAGGUGUCUAUCAGACUCAAGAAGGAAAAAGAGGUUGGUUCACAUCAAUGUAUUUAUUUAAAUAUUACAUUGUGUCAUACAAAUACAAUUAGUAAUAAGUACAAUUAGACAAGUCUGUGUUGCAGUCUUUAAAUUAACUGCAAAUUAUAUUAAUUUUGUAGACUGAAUGGUUAAUUGUAUAAUGGCUUUAAAAAUUGAACUGUCUAUAGACAGCCGUUGGCGUCAUUCGUCUGGUAAAAAGUGCAUCAGGUUAUAUAUAAACUGUACUGUAAUAUGUAGUUUUAAAGGAAAUGGUUCUCACUACAAAGGUUCCGCAUGCCCUCUGUAAGCUGUUUAUUGAUUUUUUUUACUCGUUUUCUUUAGGCCAAAGAGAAGCAAGAAGAACUUGCACUGGACAUGAAAAUAUUAGAAAAACUUUUGGAUGAUACAAGAAAUGAAGUGAAAGAAGAAACACAGAGAAAGGUGAACACACGUGAUGAUGCUCAUUCAUUGAACCAAGCGUCUUCCUCUCAUACUGUAGCUUUUUAUUGCACUAUUGAAGGGGUUUGAUCUGGAUAUUACCUCAAUGUAGGCAGAGUACUCAGUGAUUCUAAUGAAUUUAUUUUAAACAGCGUGAAAUGCGUGAAGAGAAUUUACGUUUCAUGCAGUACUGUGCAAUGAACCGUAAAGAGGAUGAAGAGAGAGAGAAGGAACUGGAGCGCAUCGUAAAUGAGGAGGUGGAAAAGAAAUGGGCGCAAACCAUAAAGCAAUACAAAAUGGAGAGAGAUGCACGCCAGAAACUCUUGGCCAAUGUCAUGAAAUCUAGGGAACAACAAAUUGAGGAAAGAAGUAAGUUGGGGAAAAUCAAGAGCACAAUCUUAUACAUUUAGUGUUAGUAGCUACGAGUAGCACCUGGUGUAGUAUAUUAGACUAUCACUAUCAUGGUAAAGGCCAACUCGCUGGUAGUGUCGUAGUCCUUUGCGUUAGUGGUCUAGUAUAUGGCCCAUAUUGCCCUUGGUAUGGGGUUUUAUUGUGGAACCGAAUCUUAAAGUUCCAAGAUCGUGAGAACCUGUUAAGGAGAAACACCACUGCAUUAUGUGGCAUUUUUGUGAAGUGCAAGACUUCUUCUAUCUUGAACGAGACUGUAAUUUACUAUUCCAGUGAAAUAGAACAGAAAAUAGACAAUAAGAAGCUAGAUAGAAACAAAUAGGACACAGGAUGAACUUUAAAGCGAAUUGCAGCCGACGAACUUAAAAAAAUUAGCCUUAAAAGUGAUUUGUUCUUCGAAACAUAUUACAAGUGAUCUGUGACUACGUAGGGAACAAUCGUUUAAGAACCCUUUUAAAUCCCAGUCAUUGCACUUGUUUUUCUCAGAACGGAUUGCUGAAAAGGAACAAGAAGCUGAAAUAGCAGAAAGGGAUGCACUCUUGGCAGCGAUUGAAGAGCACAAGCGAUUGGAAGCAGAGAAUCAAGAGAGAAUAAAGAACAGAAAUAUUGGUUAUCAACGGGACCUUGAUAUGCAAAUUGACUAUCAACGCAGAGUCAAAGCUAAAGAAAUAGAAGAGGAAGAAAGAGAAUUCAGAAUGGGACAGGUCAGUAAUUAGUGUGAUCGUGUACAGAUGUGACAAAUACUGAACAUCUUGACAUUCAAUGACGUUUCGAGAGCUGUCUCAGAAAGUCAUCAUCAGAUUCGCCGAAUUAAGCAUAAUCUAUGGUCUGAAAUUUUUGAGGAAAGAGUUAAAAGAAAGCAAGGAAGUAAAUGGUGUAUCAAUUGUUACUGUGAUCUCAUGGAUUAUGUGUACACUGGCCCGUGACACGGCGAUUAGGGGCUGUCCAUUUUCAUUUAGGUGAUUCGCACAUUUAGGGAAAAAAUAACAAUUAAAUAAAAAAAUAGAGGUGUUAAAGUUUCACAAAAACUCGACUUCUGUGGGGAACCUGUAGGUGUGACAUCAAACAAAGGAGAAAAGAUCAGAGAAGGCUGACGAUUGUUUAUUUUACUUGUUACAGGAAGCAGAAGCUGAAUAUCAGAGGAAGCUAAAAGAAGCCCUCGACAGACCAACCAUUGAUAAAGUGCACCCCAUGAGAAUCAUGGGAACAGCACUGAGAAGCAAAUCCAACUGAGAGAAUAUUCGCCUUCAUUAUAUUUGAAGAUUGAGAAAAUAUUGUUGAAGCUUGUUCACGAAACCUAAAUGCAGAUAUGUAGUGAAUUGUGCGGCUAAAACUAGAUACCACCUUUUAUUCUCUGUACUGAAUUUAUUGAUACUGU